AACUGUCAGGCAAUGGCGUUCCGGUAAACAUCCGCGCAUUUGUGAACUGGACGUCUUUCUGCGAAUCAGCGUUUCUUGGACCUAUUGUUUUUGAGCACCGGCAUUAUCGUUUUCUACACGCGGUUUCCCUGCUUGGCCCAAGAAGCUUGGCAUCCGUAAAAAUCGCGCUUCGCAAAAUGGAAAAUCAGAUUUUUAUCACGCAUUUUGUGCACCCGCACAAGUUUUGGUACAAACCAUUCCAUCCGGGAAGCCAGAAAAGGCAGUUGAAAGAGCUGCGGGAUGCGAUCGAUGAGUACUGUGACCAGCACCACGCGAACGAGCAGAAGAAACACUACGAAGUGAACGAGGUCGUUGGUUAUUACAUUCCGUCGCUCACAUGCUGGACCCGUUGCAUCGUGCAGGGCAUUAUAGAGGACCACAAGGGACUUUCCUCCUAUCGUCUGUGGCUGAUCGACGAAGGCUAUCCGGCGGUCGCUAGCGACAUCCAGCAGUUGACACCACUGCCGGAAAAGUUUCGGGACAGUUCGAACUCGCUCGUAAAGUGUGGUUUGAUACGAAACGUGUUACCCGCAAGCAGUGUGUACGAUCCGCUAGAGGAACAGAUCCGCAAAGCGGAAUGCUUGUCGUGGAGCAAGGACGCCAUCAAAAUGCUCAGCUCGUUGAUCGAAGGCAUCGAAAAGGUUUGCUUUACAAACGUGACCUCGUAUACGAUCGGCAAAGAUACGAUCGAGUUUGGCGAUCUGUUCUUUUACUCGAAAAGCAAGACGUUUAACGCGGUGAACGUUCUGUCCGACCAGGCCAUGGGGAUGAUUGUGGAUUCGAAGCACUUUUUGGCUUGUAUAUUCGAAAGCCAAACAGUGGGCUCCAGCCGCGCCUCAUCGAUCGUUAACGGAUCGUUCGAUUCCGAAGCGUUUGAGCUGAAAGUCAGAACACGCCGGCUUUCAACUGCCUCCAACAGCGUAACGGAGUUCAACUUUGACGAAUCGGCCAGCAUGGUUGGCGUUGAGCGAAAGGGACCCGCACCCAGUGCCGUGCCAGCUAUGGAGCAACAGCGAGCUUCCGCCGCAAACAGUACCCUGUCCACGGCAGGUUCACAAAAAGGCGACGCCGGAUCGAGCACAUCGAGCGAAACGGGCAGCAAGAAAUCGUCAAAGUUGAAUCAAAAAAUGCGAUACCAAAUGGCACAAAAGUUGAAAAAUGCUUCCGUCAAGGGCGGCGGCAGUAAGGAGCCAGCACCGACGACAAAACCAAACACUUUGCAAGCAACAGAGCCUUCCGUGGCGCCCUCGGAAGCUCUCUCGUCCCCCCGGCGGCUACAGGACAGCACACUAGACCAGAUCCGUAUGGGUCCGCAUUCGCUAACGUUUGACGUUGCCCAAUCGGUAGAGGAUGAAUAUAAGCUUAUGCAGGCACAUGCGAGCAAGCCGACCGUUGUGGUGCAGAGUUCAACGGCGAACGAAACUGUACCGACGGCGAAGCAGGCGAACAGUGCAACUCCAGCCGCAGUAACAAACGGUGGUGGAUCGACACAAAAGUUUCUACAAAAAAUUGCCAAAGCAAAGGCAAGACAAAGCCUCCAGAAACCAACCGUUCCUACCGGUGAGCCAGCGAGCUCUUCAGCGAUGUUGCCGCUAGCCGCACCAGUGGCCGUCCCGCUCGAUAGCCUACUGCCGUCCGAGAAGUUGCCCACGGUCGAGAGCAAUGCGGCCUUGAAACGAUUCGAAAAAGUAAUACAGAACGAAAAAUGUUUAUUCUCCCGCCGGAGUCAUCAUCGAGUGCUGGUGCACGGUGCCAAGCUGCCGAAUCCGAUCGAUCGUAUCGAGGCGGCCAACUUCAGUCCGCGUGUGCACCAGAACCUCGAGCAGCUGGGCAUUACGAAACUGCACCGGCUGCAAGCCUACGCCUGGCCACACAUACUGCGCGACAAUUCGUUUAUCUGCGUUAACGGAGCGAAUACGGGCAAAACCUUUGCCUAUCUACCGGCCGUCUGUUCCGGGGUGCAGAGACAAAUAGAAGAGUCACUCGUACCGGCGGGAAGCGGCCCGGUAGCCAUCAUCGUAUGCUACUCAUCGCGCGAAGUGCAACGGAUCGCGUUCUUCUGCCGGAAGCUGCUCAACUCGGCCGCGCACACCGAUCUGGCUGUGCUGGAAUGUUACGGCAUUCGGACGGUGACGAAAACUUGCAAUCUCCUCUUUAAUGGGUGUGCGAUCCUGGUAACGACAGCACCCGGCUACCGGCGGCUCUACGAACGCGCACCGGAAGCAUUCACCCGCCGGCGCAUUCAAACGGUGGUGAUCGAUAACAUCGAAGCGAUAUGGCCGAACUUUGCGCCGGAACUGCGGCUGGUGUGUAAAGCCUGCGACAAGGAGGGGCUGCAGAUGAUCGUCACGGCCAGCUGCUGGGUGCCGGUGCUUGGGCUGUUUCUGCAGCGCUACCACAACAUGAUCGUCUGCAUCGGCGCCUUCCUCGAGGCGGCCGUGUACGCGAAGGCCGAAUUUCGGUUCCGGCUGUUUGCCGGCGAGGCGCAGAAAGAGCUCGAGCUGAUCCGGCAGCUGCGCCAGCACGACUAUCGGAACGAGCGGACGAUCGUGUUCGGGAAGGACGAUGCCGAUUUGGCAGCGAUCGUGAAUGCGCUGAAGCACGGCUCGAUCAACCAUACCGUGUGCGGCGAGCGGAUGGUGUUGCUGCAGCAUGCCGGGUUCCGGAACUGGGACGAGCAGGUGCCGGGCGAUAUGGUGGUGUUUGUGUGCAGCGAUGCAGUGUUGGGCGAGCUGAAGAUAACGCGGGCACAGCACAUCGUGCACUAUUCGCUACCACCGACCUGGUCCACGUUUACGCGACGGUAUGCCUGCUCGUUCGAGUAUUACGAGUCGCCGUACCUGGCGGCCGACGGUGCGCCGACGAGCAAGGGCAAACCGUCAUCGUUGGUGCUGUUGAACGAGAACAACAACCAGGAGUUGCCGCGGUUGGUCGAUUUUCUCGAGCUGCAUCUACCGCAGGUGCCGGAGAAGCUGAUCAAGUAUGCUAAGCGAAUUCGAAGCAUUCACGAAAGCGCCCGUAUCGCCGACGGUCGCGCCGUCUCCAUGCUCUGCACGCACGUGCUAGGUCUGGCCGUGUGCCACAGCAUCCGUAGCUGCGUCUUCCGGCACGCGCUCACACCGGACGAUCUGGCCCCAGACACACUGCCGACGCGCGAUGGAGUCAUUCGGCUAAAGGUCUGUCACGUGUUCUCGCCGGCACACUACGCCGUCCGGCUGGAGGCGCACCAACCGGUCGGCUCAACCGAGUGGACCGCGCUGACCGAUGGCAGACGGUACAUGGUGCAGGACAUUACUGUGCAGGCGUACUACGCCAACGAGGACCGCCAUCGGAUGCAUGGUGCACCGCACCGGAACGAGCUGUGCGCCGUGUACCACGAGCAGAACUAUGCGCGCUGUCGCAUCAUCAACUUCGACGAAUCAAAUGUGGACAACUGUGAGGUACAGCUGCAACUGAUCGACACCGGCCGGAUGGUGCACGUAAAGUCCGCCGCCCUGCUUCAUCUGCCCGACCAGUUCCGCCAGCUGCCCGGGCAUGCCACCAACGUGCGCAUUGCCGCCCUCGUGCCGCACGAUCACGAGCAGGAUUGGGACAAAACGGCCACCCUAACCGUGCGCCAGUGGAUCGAAGAGCACGAAAAUCGGGCCAACUGUUACGUGAAGAGUACGGUGCUGCUGGCGCUCAAGGACACGCUGUGGGUCGACGAUCUGCAUCUGACGGAACAGCUGGAGGGUGUGAAGACGACCGUAACGACGAAGCGUGUGGGUGCAACGAUCGUUGCGAAGCAGUACGGUAUCGGGGAUAAGAAAUCGUUCGAGCAGAUUCGCACGAUUGUGGCCGAUUGUGAGAAGCUGGCCAUGCAAACGAUACGUCUUGGGGAGGAAACGACGAACGAGAACGGGCUGGAUAAUGUGGAGGAGGAGGAGCAGCGUUCGAGCGAUUCGGGCGAGAGAACGUUUUUUCUAGCUCAGUCGGAUUCCGGUGGGAGGGAGAGUAGUACAGCAGGGGAAGUAACGAAUGAGGGGAAUUUGGGGAGUGAAGGUACCGUGGAACCGCUAGCGUGUCAUGACGGAGCAUCAAGCAAUGAUUUAAAUCCCGAUGAUACGUUGGUCGAAUGUGAACCGGCAGUGGCCAGCAAACCCUUAGCGCCAGCCGAGUUGAACAAUACCAACUCAUCCUCAGCCAGCUCGUUCGAAGAGCUUUCGAUCGAGCACGACGCAGAUCGGUACCAGUUCGAUUCGUUUCGGGUGAACAGUGCGUACAACGUAAUGAUUGGCCACUAUCUCGCGCCGGACAACUUUUUCGUGUACCGAUGCGAUAAAAUAGCGGAAGUUGAUGCGGCGAUUAAAGAGUUUGUGCAGGACGAAAGUAGGCUGAAACCGCUCGAGAAUCCACACCGGCAGCAGCACUGUCUCGUGUUUUACGAGAACAAUUACCACCGUGGACGUGUAGUGCAGCUGUCGGAGGACGGUGGCAACGGUGGGGUGGAAGUGUUUCUGCUCGAUUUCGGUGGCACGUUCAAGUGUGACCGGCUGUACAAAAUCUCCGACCGGCUACUGCGUGCAGUUCCGUUUUUGGCCGUUAAGGGAUCGUUUGCACACAUCCAACCGCCGAACGGUGCCACCGAAUGGUCGGACGACACUUCGGACGCCAUUUACGACCGGUGGCUGGAAAAGCAUAACCACGGGACAAUGUAUGCGUCCGUUACGCGCGUCCUUCCGUGGGGCGCCGGUCCGGAACGUAUCGAGGGCUGCCACCGGUACGAGAUGGUGCUGGCCGACGGCAAUGCAUCCGAUGAGUUUUCCAUCAUCUCGGACAUUGUGUACGACAGGCUCGCGCUGCUGCAGCGAAUCGAGCCGGGUGAUGAUGAGCGGGACGAGGGCGCCAGUACGGUCGCGGACACGGACGAUGAAUACAUGCAGGUGAACUUUACGCACGACGAGCUAAUGCAAAUGAUGAAAGACAUUACGGCAGCACCCAAGGGUGAAGAGAGUCAGCUGAAAGCAAUCAGCGAACCGCCGGCCAUUUCCACGGGUCCGACGAUUGCCCAAACGCAGGAAACUGCGGACGAAGAAAGGGAACGGAAAAAUCGGCCCCGUAAGGAACGGAAGCUGCUGCACCUAGCGCCACUCGUGUCCGAUUACCGGUUUCCGCUGACCGUGUGGGAUCAGGACAAAUAUUUUGUGGUGCUGCGCGUGCAUGCACCGGACGUGGAACGGUACGAUCUGGUGGUGAAUCAUACCUCGCUGCUGCUGCAGUUCGUGCGGGCGGACGAUGGCGGUGAGCGGUACAUUGUGCCGCUGAAUCUGUUCAGCGCCAUCGAUCCACGCCAUACGGUGCACGAAGUGCGGGGCCUUUCGAUAGUGGUACGGUUGCGGAAGCUCGUACCGUGUAUGCGCUGGCCCAAGCUGCACAACCACGGCGGGCGAAAGAUGCCCUGGAUUAAGGUGGCCACCGAUGGUGGCGGGGGGCAGGAUAGUGAUGCCAGUACGGACGAAACGACCAAAAAGAAUCGAUGGAACAGUUUGGUGCAGGCGCAUCUGGACAGCUCGCCGGAGAGUUCACAGUCCGGGAAUGAGCGGGACGUUGAUUCGGAGCUGGAAGACGAGGAAGCGGUGUUUCUUAACAUGACCUGAGCUACAGUUUUAUCUCUUACUGUUGGGGGAAAUCAGCGUUUGAAAAUGUUACAUUACUUUAAGGCACACCAUUUAACAAUUUAAAUUUCUAUUAAUUGAACUAACAGACAAUUUGAUGGGUUUCGGACUGAAACUUUCAUCAGCAAACAUUGAAACAAGCAGCAAGUUCUUCCACAAGAAAUUCAAGGAUCGUGAUUUGAAUCUUACGGUUAAGGAAGGAUAAGAAAUAGUAUGAUUUUUUAUAUGACUUUACGGAUGUUCGAAUGUGGCAGAUGGCCGAUUAUGAAGCAAAUGUAAACUGUGUAACGGAUGUAAAUACAAAACGGAAUUUAAUACGGCUUA